AUGCCCUGGCGGCCGCUGCCUCGCAUUGCCUUUGCGGUAGCCAUAUACCCCUUUCAUCCUUCCUCCCCAGCGGACCUACCACUCGAAUUGGGCGAUGAAUUGUACAUUAUUGAACAGGGAGGAUUAGAUGGAGAAUGGUGUCGAGGAUAUCUAGUUGCGCCUCCGUCAUUGUUGGCAGGAUUAACGAGCACCAGGGGUCAGACUCUGGAGGCCCGUGUAUUCUCCGGCAUCUUUCCACGGAACUGUGUCGAGAUCCGCGAAGUGCUGGGUGAUGGCGAAGGAUACAAGGCUCUUCUCAAUGGACAAGGCGAUCGCAAGAGUGUCGAUAGACUGACACUACCAGGACUGGAUCUAGAGGGUCAAUCGCGGAGCAGUCUGGCCUAUUCAAUGAACGAAUACCAACCGGGCGAUGUGUCAGAUGUCGUGUUCGCGAAGAAGGGUAAGCCCGCACAGAUUACCAUUCAUAAGACCGACGAGGUCGACUCGGCCAGUCCGCGAUCCAUUCACACAUACGGAAUCGGUUCAAUUCCCCAUACACCGGUGACUUUUGCGCCUCGAGAUCCCGAUGCGCCCAAGCCCGCAGCACCUGUGCCUAUGCUUAAAAUUGGUGACGAAACACCCACAUCCUCGACAGAACCCUUGGUUGACGAAAUCGCCUCCUGCCUUCGCGAAUGGCAUUCUACAAACCUGCAUGAGCUUCUACUGGCGCAGCAAUAUGACGUGUUGGAUGAGAUGUCCACAAUUGUGCAAGAGCUGGAUUUCGCAAGACGCCAAUUACUUCACAAUGUCUUGACCGGCCAAGAGAAGGAGUCUUUGCGGGAUGAAACUGUUUGGAAACUCGUCAAGGCAAACAAAAUGCUCAGCGGAGAUAUUAUUGUUCGCGAUCCUGACCAGAGAGGCCGAUUAUUGACCGGCGAGGACUCUGCCAUUCAACUAGCCAAGUUACAAUCCGAAAUGAGUAUGUUGGAAACUCGACCCACCACCGCCUCGGACACCACUUCUUUGCAUCAUAUGCUGCUGGAAAUUAAUGCUGUAUCCGGAAACAUUCCUGGCCCAGUGUCCCUCGCCGUUCAGCUGUACUCCCGUUCAGACUCUGGAGUAUUCACCCCACUUUCUGAGACGUUCACCUUGGACAUUCCAUCACCCGAAAAGUUUGUUAGUUUAACCCAGAGCAAUAAGCUAAAGACUCUAUUCACCGAGCUGGCGGCCACGGAUAUUGGAGACGGUUCUGCAAAUGGACGUCAACUUUACCUUGCUACAUCGGUUCGUGCUGCAGAAACACGCUCCACAGCGGAGAGUAUUCCUGCCUCACGCCCAUCCAUGUCAAGAGAGAACCCUUCAGCCCCCAAAUCAAAUGCUGCUGCGGGAAUUCAGCCGUCAACCAAAGGAAGCUUGCGAACGCGGCGCAGCAUGAUGUGGUCUCCCAAACCCCGGGGUUCUAGCGAUGGCGUAACACCGGCUAUCACUCAGGUGGUCCCACGAUCGUCGAGUAGCUCAUCAAACGUGAAGGAACCAUCUGCACCUCAGCCCACAUCGACGAAAGAAUCAUCGGUCAUCCGCACUAUCGGCGUUGGUAUCCUGGAGAUUUCACCCAUUCUUCGACAAGAACGAGAUGCCGAGCAAGUGAUCAAUAUAUGGUCGCCUUCCCGAGAGGGUGAUGAGGGAGAAGGAAAUGCCGAUGGAUUUGAUAAACUCCUCCAUGUUCUUCUGCCUAGUCACACUGGUCGCUAUGUGCGGUCUGACUACGCCGCCCGCUUGCACGUUCACCUCCAUCCCUUCGCCAGCACGGACCCGGAAACUCUCGUCCGUGAAAAUCCCACAAUCCUACAUGAUGUCGUCCAGACAAGGCGCAUUGGGUUCUCUAAGGCUCCUACCAAGCCACGAUCCGACAUUUACAUCACUCUCUCGCAGGCUGUAUUCCCAACGGAUGCCCUCCUGUCUCACCCUACCGCCGGUCAAAUUCCUGUACAGACACAUACCGGCCUGAACAAUCUUCAGUUGACCUUAGAAGUACGCGACAUCAAUGGAGCUCGUGUCGAUCGAUGUGUGUUCCCAUCUUCCGCGAAUACAUCACACACAGCCUGGCGAACCACCAUUGCAGCACGGGGCUCGCCUUGGAACCAGACAAUUCGUCUGAAGAUCCCUACAGAAAGAAUCCCCGGAUCACAUAUUAUUAUGAGUGUUGCAGAUGCACCAGAGUUCCCAUUUGCCCUUUCCUGGAUGCCUCUCUGGGACCAACAUGCCUUUAUCCGGGAUGGACAUCAUUCAUUGUUGCUUCAUGCCUAUGACAAGCAAACCUCAAGCAUGGAGAAUGGAAAGGGCGCUUACUUGAGUCUUCCCUGGAGUGCUCUCGACAAGAAUGAAUCAGCCAAGGAUGAAGCGCUCACAGGACCACUGGCGACUUUGCGCCUUGAGACACACCUGUGCAGUACGGAAUACUCUCAAGAUCAAGUCAUACUGAGCCUGCUGAACUGGAAGGAACGACCAGUGGAUGAGGUGCUGGAUACAUUAAAGCGAUUACUUUUUGUACCCGAAAUCGAGAUCGUUAAGCAACUGCGUGGUGUAUUCAAUGCAUUGUUUGGGAUCUUGGUGGAGAAUGCCGGAAAUGAGGAGUACGAAGAUUUGAUUUUCCACAACCUUGUAACAGUGCUCGGCAUUGUUCAUGAUCGACGGUUCAAUCUGGGACCUCUAGUGGACCAGUAUGCGGAUGAACAAUUCGACUUCCCUUUCGCCACACCAUGCCUUAUUCGGAGCUACCUGCGACUUUUGAAUGCUCCCACUGACCCCAAGCAGUCCCGCAACCUUCGUGCUGCCUUCAAGGUUGGCCGUCAUUUGCUCAAGUUCAUUAUUAAUGCUCGUGAACAACAAAAGGCCAAAGAAGAGGGGAUUGGUAUAACUUCGGUGCAGUCGACAUUUAACAGAGACUUGCACACAAUCUUCAAGUCAAUGGAAAAUUUGAUGAAGAAUUCCAAUCCGGCAUUGGUCGGCAGCAAGACACUGAUUGUCCAGCACUUCCACACUUGGUUGCCUGAGCUUUCCAAGGUCUUUGGCCGUGACGAAAUGAUUAUGAUUGCUUUGAGCUUUAUGGAUUCAUGCAGAGACGUGACGGGUAUGCUUGUGCUGUACAAAUUGGUGCUUAUUCAGAGUUAUACCCAGUUUGAAAUUUUCGCAUCUGGCGAUGAGAGGCAAACCUUGAUCUCCAGCUGUGUCGGCUGGUUGAAGCCGUACUGGGGCUCAGGUGCGAGCGUCUCUGACCAAUACCGGGAUCAAGUUCGGCUGAGCAGUGCCAUUGUUGCCCAACUUCUCACUCAGCCCGAUGCACAAUUGUACGAUUUUAUGCCGAGUAUCGUUGCUUCUUAUUGUGCUAUAGCCACGGAGGGGGUGGAUGAUACCGAAUAUUUGUCUCUCCUCUUCAGCAAGUCCUUCCCCUUCCAAGUCAAGACAUCUACGACUCCUCAGCGCUUCGAUGAAUCUUUGGUAGAGCUUUCGGCCAUCAUGGCCGCACUGGCCAAGAUCGUGUCGCCUAAGACUCCCCGUCUGAAAGAAUUGGAGCUUGCAACCUUCAUAGGCCAAGCUUUUGAGGCUCACAACUCCAUCAUCGACUGUGAGGCAUACCCGGAAAGUUGGUUCAGUAUCCACGUUUACAACCACCGUGCCGCUAUCAAGGGUCUUGAACAUCUAGCUCUCCUCUUGAUUGAAAAAUUCCUUCCUGCUCCCGACGAUGCGGAUACUUUUGAUACAAAGCUUUGGGAGUCAUUCUUCACUACAUUGCUAAAGGUCAUCUCUAGCGAUGCUCUUGCUCUCGAGACUUUCCCUGAGCAGAAACGAAGAGCUGUUUGGAAGAUUGCCGGUGAUGUUCGUGAGCAGGGCGCUGAUUUGUUGCACUCAACUUGGGAAGCCAUCGGCUGGGAAACUACUGAUGAUGAGAGGGAACGCUAUAAUCUGAAGCGGAUGGGUGGCUACCAGGUCCAGUAUGUCCCCAACCUGGUGCCUCCGAUCAUUGGGCUAUGUCUUAGUGUGCACGAGGGUCUGCGCCACGUUGCUGUUCAUAUUCUUCGAACAAUGAUCUUGAGCGAAUGGGACCUGAACCAGGACAUUUCCAUUAUCGAAACUGAAAUUAUUUCGAGCUUGGAUUCCCUCUUCAAGUCCAAGCACAUGAGUGAGAGUGUCAGCCAAAAGAUAUUCAUUGGCGAACUGCUCGAUCUCUUUGAGGCCGAUGCCGCAUCCGACGAGGACUUGUUUAACGCCGUCAAGGGCCUCAUCUCAACCGUGGAUGAGCUUCUUGAUCUUUUGGUCGCUUCUCAGGGCAGCGCUGCAAUCCAAAGUUUGCAUGCACUGAAACUUAUGGAGUACAUGAAAGACAUGGGCCGUGAGGAUAUCUUCAUUCGUUACGUGCAUGAACUGGCUGAUGGUCAAGCCGCUGCUGGCAAUCUCACUGAAGCUGGGCUGGCGCUUCAAUUCCACGCCGAUCUUUACGAAUGGGAUGCUGUGAAGCUCCUGCCGGAGACAAUGACACCUGCUUUCCCAGCUCAAACCGCAUUUGAACGAAAGGAAACUUUGUACUUUGCAAUUAUUCAGCACUUUGAAAAUGCUAUGGCCUGGGCACCUGCUUUGGCUUGCUACAAAGAACUCUCUGCCCAGUACGAAGCGACGACUAUGGACUUUGCCAAGCUCUCUCGGGCGCAAAGCUCAAUGGCUCGGAUUUAUGAUCUUGUCGCUAAAGGCACGAAACAAUUUCCGCGAUACUUCCGUGUUGUCUACAAGGGCCUUGGUUUCCCGCCCGGACUGCGUGAUAAGGAGUUUAUCUUUGAGGGAUCGCCAACAGAGCGCAUGGCGUCGUUUGUCGACCGCAUGCAGCGUGAACAUCCCACUGCACAGAUCAUGUCCUCGGGUGAGAUCCCUGAUUACGAAGGCCAAUUCCUUCAGAUUAGUGGUGUCACCGCCCACCGUGAAGUUGCCCACCCCAUUUACCAGCGUUCGAAGAUUCCUCUCUCUGUCAGGGAUCAUCUUUUGAUCUCUAACCCGGUCCGAUUCGCUGCUACUUCAAGGAGGCACACCGGCAGCUCAGAUGUCAAGGAACAAUAUGUCGAGAAGAUACUCUUUACAACCUCAGACCCAUUCCCCAAUAUUCUUCGGCGAAGUGAGAUCGCAUCAGCUCAAGAGAUUGCCCUGUCUCCCCUGCAGACUGCUAUUGAGCGCACAUGUCGCAAGACCCAGGAGCUCCAUCUCUUAGAACGACGUGCUGCUUCAGGCGAAGAUCACGGCUUAUCAAGUCUCACUGAAGCGUUGGAGCAGUUGCUGGACUCACGAUCGGCAUCGUCUAAUUGCGUCGCUUCAUACCGUGCCUUCCUUAAGGGUGCACAAGGCGCGAAGGACAAGCUCGACGAGGCAGAUGAAGAUGGCUUAGGUGAUCAGGAGGAUGAAGAAGAAGAACUUCCAGAGACUAUAGAUCCAAUGGAGAAUGCACUAUCCAUUGCAUUGGUUGACCAUGCACUUGCUAUUAAGCAUGCCUUGUCUCUCUACCAACGGCCUGCUCAACAAGCAACCCAGGCAGAACUUCUCCGACGCUUCGAGAAUGUCUUUGAGCCCGAACUGGAUUCUCUCAUUUCAUCACCGCCAGACAUGAAUAGCCCAACUCCUACUCAGACAGCUCGUCAGUCUCUCAACUCAGGAAGCCGCAGGAACCAGACUGGGCGGAGAUCUAUUAGUCCCGAACAGGAGCAGAUUCGAGCUUCCCGCGCCAAUGGCCACACUCACAAGCGAUCCGAGCGUCAAUCAGUCAGCCAUCGUAUUAGUGUCAUGAAUCCGUUCAAGCGUCAUGGUGCUUCGAACUCCAUCUUCACUCUCCAGCAACCAGAGCCCAAAGCUCGGAAUGCCCAAGCAGAACAGGAUGAAGUUGAUGAUGACGCAGCAACAAUCCACAGUCGUACAACAACACAUUCGCGUGGCGGAAAGAGUGACGCACGCCGAAGUUGGUUUGGAGGCGACAAGAAGCAUGGCUCUUCUCCUUCAAUUAGUGGGGUCGUUGACGAAAAUGGCACGGCCUUGAAGAGCAGACCAUCACGCAGCGCCUCCCGUGAUACAGCCGCCCCAUCCCAUGAUGGGCGUAGUCGUGCAGGCUCACAACAUCGUGGCCCCACUUCCAGCGGUACUACUGGCACAACAUCUGAUCGGCCUGCACCUGCUGCGAGCGGCGGCUGGUCCACACUACCCUCUACACGCGAUUACUCCCGUCCCGUGACGCGCGAUAGUACUCACGGUCCACGCGAGUUGUCCGUGGUGAAUACUAACAACACCCACGGCAGCAGCAAUGGCGCCGGAACAAGCACUCGCGUCUCAUCCACCCCUGCUGGGCCCAAUGCAGGUGUACGUGACUCUGUCUUCCGACGAUUCAGUCUUCUCAAGGGCGUUGGUCGCAAGACCAGCCGUUUGGAAUUCAAAACCAACGGUACACUACAGGAGGAGUGA